AUGCACUUCCAUUCGAGGUCCUUUAUUCUGGCUUUUGAAUUUUCCACCUUCGACGUUCGCGGUAAACAUCUAUCGGAGGCGCGGCAUUGGUCUGCUCCUGAAGUAUUUGGUCCACGAGCACAAUUCACCACCUCCCCACCACCAGCGUCUUUAGUCGUGCGCGACGUGAAGCGUCGAGACGAAGGCGUAUACAGAUGCCGUGUAGAUUUCCGUAACACUCAAACUACCAGCUUCAGAUAUAACCUUACCGUAGUAGUUCAGUGUGGAGUAUGUAAAAAAUACUUGGACUUCGGCUGUGCCAAUAUAUCCGAGACUGGGUAUAAAAAGCUGGGAGCUGAUCGGAGAGCAGCCUGGAAGUGUCCACAAUGCAAGCAAUCAAGACUGUCUCCAGCUCCAUCUAAUGACUCCUCUAUCCUUGAAAACAUACUCAGAGAACUGCGUGAUGUGAAGAAUCAACUAGCCAAGUUGUCUACCCUCGUAGAUGAAGUCAAGUGUAUCAAACAGGAGCUUUCCGGACUUAAAGAGUCUUGCGAAUUCAACGGCGACCAAUUGGACAAGCAAGCGGUUAGAAUUUCGAAUUUGGAACAGAAGAUACCCGACAUGCAAAAAGUUGAAUCUUCCAUUGAGGCGACCACAAUUGACAUUAACGCCCUUAAAAAAGGUUUAGCACUUAGAGAUCAGUGGACACGUCUGAACAAUAUUGAGGUGAAGGGUGUACCAGUUAAAACCAAUGAAAAUCUAUAUUCUAUAGUUGAAUCGUUGACUAAAGUAGUGGGCUUCAGUUUCCCUAAGUCCCAAAUAAAUUACAUUGCCAGGGUGCCAAUACAAAAUUCCAAAGAGAAAUACAUAGUUAUAAAUUUUGUGAACCGCUAUAUUAAGGAAGAGUUCAUAGCUGCAGCACGGGCUAUGAAACAUAUAACUUCUGCCGAUAUUGGAUUUGCAGGCAACUCACAGCUGCCUCCUGAGAAGCCAGUAGUCGUGGACCGUUGGGGAAAAGUGAUCAAUGCCACCACUCUCGGGCCACACGAAGAAGGAGAAGAUGUUCUACUUACAUGCCGAGUAUUGGGAGGGCGACCAGAACCUUCGGUAAGAUGGCUGGUAAACGGAGUUUUGGUUGACGAAGAGUAUGAGCAUAAUACUGGUGACGUAAUCGAGAAUCGUCUGCUUUGGCCAGCAAUACGGCGCGCAGACUACGCCGCUGUAUUUACAUGUCAAGCUGCCAACUCAAAACUUGUGGCGCCCAAAGAGGUCUCAUUAGUUCUGGACAUGUUUCUAAAACCAUUAACAGUAGAAAUAAAGAAACCAUUAGAAAUGGGUGAAGGUGGGGUACUAACAGCUGAAAGGCGGUAUGAGGUGACAUGCGAGUCUGCAGGCAGCCGUCCACCUGCCAUCAUCAGUUGGCACAAGGGCAAACGUCUCCUCAAAAGAAUCACCUUGAUGUUCGGUCGCCUCGACUGCGGUGUGGAGAUUGUAGAUACUAUAUGGAAAAUUCGAUCCCACCACGCAGCUAGUAGUAACCGAAUGGACAAGAGCUCAGCUCCAACUCAUUUAAAAUCCGGAGAUCCAGACACUAAAGGUUUUUUCAAUGUUUCCUCUGACGAAACUUUACAUGCGACACGCGUGGUGGAUUCCUUGCUUUGA